AUGUCGUACACAAGUUUUAGGCCCCCAAGUAACGAAGAUUUGGGAUUAAAACGGCUGUACCGCACUCCAAUAGACAAAUUACCAAUUUCCGAACAAACUCGUUACUAUAAGCAACGAAAUAUGAUAGAUUCGAAGCUAUUUCGAAUUGGUAACGCUAUUUGGGGAUCUCAAUCACGAACUAGAAUACUGAAUGCUCCAUAUGAUAUUAAAAAGAGUCAGCAGUCUGUAGGCAAUAUUCCUCCACAUGUUACAUACGAUCAAUCAAGAGGACUUAAAAGCGCUAACAAUGAAACUUAUCUUACAAAUCCAAUCACAAAAUUAACUUCACCGACCACAAGUUACACAUCAUGGUUACAAAACAGAAUGACUAUGAGAACUAAUUUAAAUAACAUGGGUCUCAAUGAAAGCUGGCUUUCUAGUAAACACAAAACCGAACUUGAGACAAGAGUACUAAGAAAGACAAGGAAACAAAAAAUUGCAAAUACGGAAUCAUUUCUGAUUUCUAGUGAAAAGACAUCCAAUCCACCAAGUCUACCAGAUGACUCUGAGGCAGAUGCUCUGUUUCCGAUAUUACAACGUAUUGCCUCGUAUCUUCGUCGCACGAAACUCCGACCUUUAGAGUUGUUCGCUUCUGUAGACAAAGAUAAGAACUGGCAAAUCAGUGCUGAUGAAAUGAGAAAUGUCGUAAGAAAAUAUAAAUUUCCAAUAUUAAAUGAAGAAGUUGAUUUUCUUUUGAAAGCUUUGGAUGUAAAUGGGGAUGGAGAGAUAGAUUAUAGAGAAUUCAUAAAUGGAUUGAAACAAUUUCAAAACGAAGCUAGAGAACGGAGUAGGUCAACUACUACAUCUCUGUUAUCACUAUUAUCAGAAGAAGGUGAUAAAACUGCAAAUGAAAUUUUUGAAACCAGUAGCAAUCAAGAUGGCUCCCAAAAGCUUACAUUACCUUCGCCGUCUGAUCGUCAUAUAUCUAUAAUUUUAGAUAACACUCCAGAAGAAAAACAAUUGAAAGAUAAGCGAUCAAGAAAGGAAGCAAAGCUCAGAGUUAUAGAAGAAGAAAACUAUAAGGAAUUAUAUCAAAAAGCUACACGUACAACAAUCACUGGAGAAGUUAAAGAAGCAGUUUACUUAAAAAAGAAACAAUUAUUGGAAGAGUAUAACAAAGCAAUAGAAUUAUGCCGACAAGGAAACGUCUUGUUUUCAAAGGAACUCUUAAAAAGAGCCACGUGUAAAGGGGAUAUAAGGCAAGGUGGUACAGAUUUAAUAUCGUAUAAUCAAUUAAUGGGAAUAAAGAAGAAGGCUAAGAAAGUCACUAAGCCGAAGUUGUCUGGCAUUGAACGUAUUUAUCCACCAAAACGUUACGUAACCCCGUCAAAAGAUUCUAUGAAGCUGUCUACUGGUUUAGCUGAAAUUCAGUGUAAGACCGAUUGCUGGAUGACAUUUGAAGAGUUUGAAAAAAUUAUACGUGACAUUCCCAUAAACAAAUUUCUUGUCGAUCGGCCACGGCAUGAUUCAUUUUGGCCGGGACAAAUUGUUAGCAAAGUGCGUCUUUACCUUGAUAUAAAUAAUUUGUCAAAGUCUUCGAAUAAUGGUUUGUUUGCCGUCAUUAACAAUAACUCCAGCAUUGGUUCAGGGAUAAAAUCAAAUCAUCGGAGACAUGAUCUGCAGCAACAUGAACAUGUUACGGGGAAAAAUUUCAGUUAUAUACAGUAUGGUGGAUUAGAACUAAGAAAAUCUUACGUUUUAUGA